GCUAUUGUCCCUGAAUGACAGCAGACAUGGAUAAGGUUUCAUCUGAUCUGAAAACCCACCCUGUCAAAUAACAAAGUGAAAAUCUUUCUACUGUCCUGAAAAUUCGCCAUUUGGAGUUCUUAUCCCAUCUCAUCCGAUGUUAUCUUUUUUAUCUUGAUCCUACCUGGUCAAGAACUGAACAAAACCUAUAAAUAGAGGUCGCCUUUCCUAUUUAUACGUUGCCCUUCGCCUUUGAACUUUGCUUCAUCAGAAUCAAAGCUUCUAGAAAAGAGGGAGAAGGAAAGGUCUUUACUACUGUUGCGGGCAUGAAGUAAGGAGGAGUUACGUGACAGAGCCGUCUCUUUGGAGUUUCCAAAGUCCAAACCCCUGUUCUUGACGUUCAACGCCUUUGACAAGUUCUCCUCCUUUGCCUUCGGACGAAUAGUUUCUGCGACUCUCGGAAUCAGAUAUCCCUCUGCACAUAUUCAGAAAGGAGAGAACUUUCCGGGCCUUUGCUUGUUUCUCUCAAAAGGGUUCUUCUCUUUGAGCUCUGCUUCAUCGCUUCUGUGGACAAAAAGGGCAUCCGUAUCCAGUCAUGUUUGACUUCAAUUUGCCUGGAAUAUGCCUCUGUUUCCAGUGAUCCGAUUCAAAUUCGAAGGAACGGAACAUGAUGGCUAACCAAUCCGGCGGCAACAAUCACGGACAAAGGACGACACGGUCUAUGAGAGUAUUCCAAUUCGCUUCGGCCAUGGCAUUCAGCAUCUGGCUGCUUUUUCAGAUCAAUCAUCAAUUCGACAAUCAAAGACAUCGCCAGAACGAGGAGAACAUAAGCAUCCAGGACUCGGGGGCGCUUCUUUUAGGCCGUAAGGUGAAUCUCGGUUUCAUGGCGGGAGGUCUUGUACAACAUAAAGAGGAGCGCCCUUACCACGGCGACAAUGAUAGAGCUGGCUAUAGUGAAAAGACAGAGAAGCUGAUGAGAGAGGCAAAGGAGGGUCUGAUUGGUGAAGACAGCGUCGGUUUUGCGUUGAUUGUAGAAAAAACCGGCGAUGGCAAAGUUCAAGAUGGAGGGGUGGCGACUUAUGAAGGCAAUGUGUUUGAAGAUGAGAAUGGGGUACCGCCCGAUGUGAGCGGUGUGUAUAUGAUGAAAUCUGAAGACGACAUUCAAAAUGCGUCUGCAAGACUGGGUACGCUAUGACAUCUUGCCACGAGAAAUCGGCUGAAACGAGACGAUUCAUCGCAGAAACAAACAGCGGACUCCGGAGAUGAUCUUCGCGAUAUCUCCAGAUGCCGAAAAUAAUCUCUAACGGGAAUGCGUCUCGAUAAGUCGGUAUUGUAAUGAGAAGUUUUUAGAGAUAGAGAGGUUGUAACUCAAACGGCCAAAAGUUCCCUUCACCACAACCUUCUUCUUUUUGACAUUAUGGAAGUUGUAUUGUGAAUAUAUGGAGACUGUAAUGGAAGAAAUAAGCAU